GAGAGCUCUUGGACUCUAAUAAACAGUGUUUGUGAGGCACAACCUACCAACUAGUUGAAAACCUCCACUGUCUCCAGAAACGUGGGAAAGUCUACUGGACUAAUAUCCAGGAGCAUCUAUGGGAACAGCUCAUUUAUUACAGGACUGGAUAUCUCAGCAGCCCUUGGGAGAAAGUCUGUCAAUUGCUUCAGCGGACAUGGAUUUGAAUCAGCUGGAGGCUUUUCUCACCGCCCAAACCAAAAAACAAGGUGGCAUCACAUCUGAUCAAGCUGCAGUCAUUGCAAAAUUUUGGAAGAACCACCGAAUAAAGAUCCAUGAGAGCCUGAUCAAUCAAAGCCGUUGGGAUAAUGUCUUGAAAAACAUGAACUGGCGAGUGGAUAUGAAGUCGCAGUCAAGACACAUCGAUCAGAUAAACACUCCUGUGGCAAUAGUUGAAAUGGAACUGGGAAAAAAUGGGCAGGAAUCGGAGUUUCUCUGUCUGGAGUUUGAUGAGGCCAAGGUGAGCCAGAUGCUGAAGAAACUCUCAGAAAUAGAGGAGAGUAUGACUUUGUUGACUCAGACCACUUAACCAAAUAAAGAGAUUGCAAUGCAGAAAACAAA